AGAAACAGAGACAGAGAGACGGGAACUGAGCCGGGGAAACUAUUCUUCAUCCGAACAGGUGUCAGAGAUCAUAUACAACCACACCGCUGAAAAUACAUCCUGACUAAAGCCAUGAUUUCACUGAGCAGCUGUCAGAUGCUUCUCCUGAUGACCGUCUGCGGCGUUUUCUUCUGCAGGACUCUCGCAUUGCCUGCCAUCUCCGCAUAUUCUGACAUCAGACCAAGCGCUCUUGAUGAAGACGGAGAGGACGAUUGGACGAGAGACCCGUCACUACAGGAUCUGGAGGCGUAUAAACUCCUGUAUGAACUCGUAAACACCGAUGAGAGACCAUCCAGACACGCUGAUGGGCUGUUCACAAGCGGAUACAGCAAACUGCUCGGACAACUGUCUGCUAAAGAGUUUCUGGAGUCUUUACUUACAAAGAGAGUCAGUGAUGAGCUGGAUGUGGAGCAGAUGCCUGUGAAACGUCACUCAGACGCCGUCUUCACAGACAACUACAGCCGCUACCGCAAACAGAUGGCGGCCAAGAAAUACCUCAACUCAGUUCUGGCAGGAAAACGGAGGUACGGCUCGAAUAAAAGGUGAUGCACUCCUGCUCAAACGCCGCCUGUGCUCUUCGACAUGUGACACGGACGGCACAGCUUCAAGAUUUCGCCAUCAUUAUAUAUACAGUAUAUAUUCAAGCUUACACUGAAACUGAAUAAACAGCACUAAACACGAGCUGAAUGAGCGCGUCAGUGGAUGUGAUGUGAACGGCACGUCUGUCUGGUGUUGGCUGUGUCUGUAGAUAUCUGUUUUGACUGCCGUCAUUCGUGAUAACUGAAAUCAAACCAAUAAAAACAAUCAUGUUUGUAAAAACA